CCGCCGUCUUCGUCGCAGGCGCCGCCUUCGCUAAAGGAAGCCCAUGCCCGUCUGGCCCAGCAGCGGCGCGAGACGUACAGCCGACGCAACCGAUCGCUGCUCAUGUACUCUCUCUCGACGCUCAUCAUCGGUAUCGGCGUCACCUAUGCCGCCGUGCCCCUCUACCGCGCCUUUUGCUCCGCCACUGGCUUUGGCGGCACGCCCAUGGUCGGCCUCGGUCGCUUCGACCCGGCCCGCCUCUUUCCCUCGUACUUCGACCCGGCUACGAGCGGCGAGACGAGGCGCAUUCGCGUCACAUUCAACGCUGAUCACAGCGAUGCGCUGCCCUGGAGCUUCAAGCCGAGCCAGGAGGAGAUCUACGUCCUGCCCGGCGAGACGGCCCUGGCGUUUUACAAGGCGAAGAACGACGGCAACAAGGACAUCACAGGCAUUGCCACCUACAAUGUCUCGCCUGACCGGAUCGCGCCGUACUUUGCCAAGAUCGAGUGCUUUUGCUUCGAGGAGCAGCGUUUGCUCGCCCACGAAGAAGUCGACCUGCCUGUCUUUUUCUUCAUCGAUGCAGACGUCCUCGAUGACCCCAAUGCGCGCGACGUCCGCGACGUCGUGCUCAGCUACAGCUUCUUUGGCGCGCGGAGAAACGAGAAGAGCGGGCAGCUCGAGCCAGACACGGACUUGGCCAGCUACACCGUCGGAAAGGACCUGUGA